GGUGGGCAGAGAGUUUACUUCGUUGUCUUAUCUUGCACUUGUGUUGAGCGCUUGCAAACUCCCAACGUUUGCUUAGAUCAUCAGGAUGGACGGCAAAUCUGCAAAUAGGGCACCAGUAGAGAACGUGGAAAAUCAAGGCGAGUCAACUACCGAGCUGAAAAACAAACCACUGGACCUUGCCUACGGCAUUGAGGAUGUGCCUCCAUGGUACCUGUGUUUAUUGCUGGGCUUUCAGCAUUACCUGACCAUGUUUGGUGGCACCAUUGCAAUUCCGCUCCUUCUGUCUCCUGCCCUCUGUAUUGGUGAUGACAACCUGGCCAAGAGUAAACUCAUCAGCACAAUCUUCUUUGUGUCUGGAAUUUGUACACUUUUACAGACCAUUUUUGGCGUCAGGUUACCGAUUAUUCAGGGUGGUACGUUUUCCUUCCUGGCUCCAACAUUCGCCAUCCUGGCUCUACCACAUUGGCAGUGUCCUGCACCUGACAAUACAACGUCUGGUCUGAAUGGGACCCAGAAUUUCACCAGAGAGACGGUUAACAACGAUGAAGUAUGGAUGAGCCGAGUCAGAGAGAUCCAAGGUGCCAUCAUGGUGUCAGCCAUCUUUCAGGUGUUUCUUGGCUUCAGCGGCAUUGUGGGAUUGUUGAUGAGGUUUAUCGGGCCGUUGGUCAUUGCCCCCACCAUCACCCUGGUGGGCCUGGCCCUGCUGGGAGCUGCAGCAGACUUCGCGGGCAAACACUGGGGCAUCGCAGCUCUAACUAUAAUCCUGAUUACCCUGUUUUCCCAGUACUUGAGGAAUGUGAACAUCCCCUGUUGUGGGUACAGUAGAGACCCAGGCUGCCAUUGCCAUGCCGCCUCCUUACCUGUCUUCAAACUCUUCCCAGUCAUCAUGUCCAUGGUCAUUGCCUGGAUUUUCUGCGCCAUCCUGACUGUGUCGAACGUUCCAGGGUUCACAGCAAGGACAGACGUGAGGAUAGGUGUGCUGCAGCAGGCACCCUGGUUUAGGUUACCUUAUGCAGGCCAAUGGGGCAUGCCCACUGUGAGUGUUGCGGGGGUGUUCGGCAUGUUGUCAGGAGUGUUGGCUUCCGUGAUCGAGUCUAUUGGUGACUACUACGCAUGCGCAAGGCUGUCCGGUGCCCCUCCUCCCCCCACCCAUGCCGUCAACAGGGGAAUAGGUAUAGAAGGGAUCGGGUGUAUCCUGGCAGGAGCCUGGGGCUCAGGAAACGGCACAACAUCGUACAGUGAGAACAUAGGGGCCAUCGGCAUCACUAAGGUGGCCAGUAGGAGAGUAGUCCAGGCAGGGGCCGUUAUCGCGAUCCUUCUCGGCAUGCUGGGGAAGUUCGGCGCCCUGUUCACCACCAUCCCGGACCCGAUCGUAGGCGGGAUGUUCUGCGUGAUGUUCGGGAUGAUCGCCGCCAUCGGCGUCUCCAACCUACAGCUCGUCGACCUGAACUCUUCCCGGAACCUUUUCGUGUUUGGUUUCUCCGUUCUGAUGGGUCUAGCUGUGCCCUAUUGGCUCAAGAAGCAUCCUGGAAUUAUUGAAACAAAUGUACCUGAACUAAACCAGAUCAUCACAGUUCUGUUAACCACCAGCAUGUUUUUGGGAGGCUUCAUCGCCUUCAUUCUGGACAACACCAUCCCUGGAACUGCAGAAGAGCGAGGCCUGCUUCACUGGAACAAAGAAGCCGGCAGCGACACAGAGAUGACCCUGGAACAGCGGGAAGCCAUGAAGGUGUACGAUCUGCCGUUCGGGAUGGGCGUCAUCCGCCGCUCCAACUGUGCCCGCUUCCUCCCCUUCUGUCCGACCUUCCUUCUACCACCAAUCACAGAGCAGCGAGACGGCAUAUCUGCUGGAAAUGGCACAAACCAAACUACCUCAUUCUAAUGAUAAAACACAAUGUUAUGAUACUAUUCAAAGUAAUAGAAGCUAAAAUAUACAAUCCUUUUACUUCCUUUUCACUUGACAUGAAUUUUCAGACGUAUUGUUAGGAGACAGGGUAAUUUCUUUCACUUCUAAAGUUAUGAUUUUGUCGUUCUAGUUAUAGCGAUUAAAGACAUCGAAUAAAAUUUCAGGACGGCAAAGAAAGAAUAUUCUAAAAGGAUGUAGAAAUCUGUCUGAUAUUGACAUUUACUGCCGUUUCUUCGUAGCAUAUUUUUUCAUCAUCUGAAACUUACUAGUACACUCAUUAUGACCU